GGAAGAAGCCAAGACUCUCGACCUCACUCUUCCUUCAAUGGUCGAUAACAGAGAAUCUUCUUCGGCUCCGAUGAUCGAAUCUGAUACCGACGAUGAUACUCCCAAGUCCCCUCCAUCUUCCCCCAAUUCGUCCACUCGCAAGCUUACUUCAUUAUUGAAGCCAUCUAGGGUUCAUUCGAGCUGUAAAGGGUACUUUUAGUUGAAGGAUCAAUAGAGAAGGAAGAGGAGUCAGUCUCUGAUUGGCGAUGGAUGCUUAGGGAUUUUUUUGUUUUUUUAAGUAUGAUGAUAUCUUCAGGAACAAUAAGUUUCUUGUUAAGUACUUUGGAGAAGGUAAGCUUCAGGAAUCAUGUGCUAUAGAAAAGGUUGGAAGAAAAUGGUAAUCUAAAAAUCCUUUUGGAAAGUUUUCCUAAUUGCUAUUUUCUUUAAGGCCUAGUGAAAGUUUCUUCUAUGAAGCUUUCAGUAAAUUUAUUAAUAAUGUCCCACUUAUUCAUAUCUCCCUGAUGAAUGUUGAGGAUCUAACAUUGGAAAAGUAAAGAGAUCUUACCAUCUUAAUAAGAUAGAUAGGUUACUCCUCUCAUUGCCAAUUGAUUUGGCAAUAAAACUUCGUGCUAUCUAAUAUGGUAUCAGAGACAAGUUAAACUCAAAUUUCAGUCCAAAAAUUUUUUAAAAAAAUUAUAUUAUAUUUUAUAUAUAUAUAUAUAUAUUGGGAUCAAAUGAAGAAUGGUGAACCCAAAGAGGUACUAUCUUGAGGGGGCAUGUUGAGGAUCCCAUAUUGGAAAUGGGAGAGAACUCACAUUCUUAAUAAGAUAUAUAGGAACUCCUCUAAUUGCCAAUUCGUUUUAAGAUGGAACCUCAUGUUAUCUAAUACUUUUAUGUUAGAAACUUGUGGUGUAGUAUUCCCUUAUCGAUAUAUUACGUAUCUUCAAUGUAUUCCAAAGUUCUAUGGUGACUUUCUUGAAGAUUUUCUUUUGGAAUGCGUCUGAUGCUUGUUUUGAUCUGAGAAUAUGUGGCCUCAACAUCCAAGCCUCCUUCAAACUCUUAAACAAUAUGGUGUACGUGUAUUUGAAGUUACACUCUAAUAACAAAAGUCCACUGAGAAAAGGUGAAACGCAAAACUGGCCUCUGUGUUUCAGGCAUUUCUUGGUGCUAGAGAGUACUGGGAGGCUUGCUAUGCUGUUCUUCAGAGUUGGGUCUCAAAGAAGUUCAUGACUGGAUGUGUGGUUCUGUUUCCUGUUGCCAUUACAUUCUUCAUCACAUGGUGGUUUGUCCAGUUUGUCGAUAGCUUCUUUAGCCCGUUAUAUGCCAGGCUUGGGAUAAACAUAUUUGGUCUUGGAUUUGUUUCAUCGUUGAUAUUUAUAUUUUUGGUUGGUUUAUUUGCUUCAUCGUGGAUGGGUGCCACUGUUUUCUGGCUAGGAGAAUGGUUCAUAAAAAAGAUGCCCUUUGUAAAGCACAUUUAUUCAGCUUCGAAACAAAUUAGUGCAGCUAUUUCUCCAGACCAAAGUACCACAGCAUUUAAGGAAGUAGCCAUAAUACGACAUCCAAGAAUUGGUGAAUAUGCAAUUGGUUUUAUUACCUCGUCAGUUGUCCUUCAGAUGAACGGAUAUGAAGAGUUAUGCAGUGUUUAUGUUCCCACGAAUCAUCUGUACAUUGGUGACGUUUUUCUUAUAAAAUCUGAAGACAUCAUACGUCCAAAUUUAUCUAUCCGGGAAGCCAUAGAAAUCAUAGUUUCAGUAGGAAUGACGAUGCCACAGGUGAUUUCUCCUGUUGAAAGGGAAAGAUUUCCACAUCAAAAUGAUAUGAUCCCGUUGAAUAGAAUGGCUUCCAUUUGAAAGGUUAUACCACUUGAUAUGUAGCAUUUCACUAACUAGUCUUACCUUGCACAUAACAUAACUAGUUACUUUAGGACAUCUUCACAGCCCAUUCUGUAUCAAUAUAUGAUUUGUCCAUACUUAAACAUGAAAGUAUGUAAAGUGAAUAAAUUAUUUACUUGGAACGAAAGAACAUCAGUUUUUCUUACAAUUGUAGGUGGGGAAAUCAAGCUUCUAACCUCAGUAGAUAGUACAAACUUUAUUCCAGUUGAGCUACGCUUAUGUUGGAAUCUAUGUUUCAUUUUGAUACCCUAA